AAGCUUCGCUUGACGGGAUCCAGUCUAAGUUUUGCUGGUUUAAUCGAGGUGAUGUAUUACGGAGUCUGGGGAGGAAUACUUGGCGGUGGUUAUAUCGAUAUCAAUGCAGGUCAUGUGGUGUGUCGUCAGCUGGGAUAUCCAGGCGCUGACGAAAUUUUCCAAUACGCAUCCUUCGGACGAUUGAAAGGGCCAUUUUGGAUAUGGAGGAUACAUUGCAAUGGGAAUGAACUGAAAAUCUCAGACUGUGCAAUAACCACGUGGGAAAAAAUCACAAACAGAUGGUGGAUUCAUAUAUAUUACCAAGAAGAACGUACAGAUUAUGCAGCCGGCGUUUUAUGCAGAGAGACAAACUUCAACCCAUCUCAAAUGUUGAAUGUGAGGCUCACUGGUGCUCCAAUCAGUAAUGCUGGACAAGUAGAAGUAUUUUACGCAGGAGUCUGGGGAUCAAUAGAUAGCAGGGGAUGGGACAUCAAUGCUUCUCGCGUGGUAUGCCACCAGUUGGGGUAUCCUGCGAGUCUUUCAUCUGGCUAUAAUAAUCAGUUUGGUUCUAAUAUAGGGCCGAGAUGGUUCCAGAACGUGAGGUGUCUUGGUAACGAGACAAAUUUAGGAGAAUGUACAAAAAAUGUGUAUGGCCGCCCUUCAAGUGGAUCAAGUGCUGCAACAGCUUUAUGCAAGCUACCAUAUCAAACAGAUAUCUCUUCAAAAUGCUCGAAGUUCAAAUGUCAACACCGAGGAACCUGCAUUGAUACUGGAGGUGGUGCUGUUUGCAACUGUACAGAAGGUUUCACAGGAAUCCAUUCACUAUCUAAUCCAUGUCAGAAUUCUCUGUGUGAGAAUGGUGGAAAAUGUUUUAGCUCAAAAUCUUCAUAUAUCUGCUCGUGUUCCGAUGGGAGGUCGGGGCUUCGUUGUGAGGAGCGAACUACGAUCAAUAUCUCUUCAAAAUGCUCGAAGUUCAAAUGUCAACACCGAGGAACCUGCAUUGAUACUGGAGGUGGUGCUGUUUGCAACUGUACAGAAGGAUUCACAGGAAUCCAUUGUGAAAAACCACUAUCUAAUCCAUGUCAGAAUUCUCUGUGUGAGAAUGGUGGAAAAUGUUUUAGCUCAAAAUCUUCAUAUAUCUGCUCGUGUUCCGAUGGGAGGUCGGGGCUUCGUUGUGAGGAGCGAACUACGAUCACCGCGAGGCCGUGCCAGAGCAACCCGUGCACAGACAAUUGAUUUUGCCAGGAUAAUGAAACUCAUUACUCCUGUGUGAUUAACGAAGCUGAGAAUUCAGCAUCUUUAGCGACCAGUAAUGGGUCCUCGCAGAAACAGAACGGAAAUACAACCUCCAAGACUACUUAUAUCAUAGCAUUAUCAAUACUUGCAUCUCUUGUGUUCCUUCUUAUUGCUGCAGUUUUUUACCUUAUCUUUCAAAAUCGGAGGCUUUCUAAAGUUAAAGCUAGAAACCAACAUGCAAACUUUAGCAAUAUGGCCUUUAGAAGCGAUAAAGAGGAAACCCACAACUGUGACGAAAUCGACUUGGGAACAGGAGCAAAUCAGAGUUCAAUACCAACGAGGGACAACACU